UCAGGUGUUGAAAGCCGGCUCCUCCAAGUCCUGGCAGGAGAUCCUGCUGGACCUCACUGGCACGGAUAAAAUGGAUGCUGGGGCCAUCCUGGAGUAUUUCCGCCCUGUCACUGAGUGGCUUCAGCAGCAGAACAACAAGACCAACGAGGUGCUGGGCUGGCCUGACUUUGACUGGCGUCCUCCUAUCCCCGAAGGCUACCCUGAAGGCAUAGAUAAGAUAGCAGAUGAAGAACAAGCUAAAGAGUUCUUGUCUGAGUACAACAGGACAGCUGAGGAGGUGUGGAAUGCUUACACUGAGGCAUCCUGGGCCUACAACACCAACAUCACUGACCAUAACAAGGAAGUCAUG